AUGCCUGUCCUGCUCUUCACUAUCCUUCCGAGUGGCGUCGGCGCCCUUCAUGAUCUGUUGACGUGCCUUGCAAAAUUCGAUGAAGACGUUUCCCUCGAGGCUACCUCACAGUUUCUCCGAAUCUCAAGUCUCAAUAUCUCAAAAACCAGCCAUGCUGCUAUUACGCUAACUUCCCCUUUCUUCCACAAAUAUCAUUUCUCCCCCGGUCCGAGAAGCGCCACUGGGGCCAACCCGCCAAAAGUCUGGAGUUGCAAACUUCAGAAUCGAGCUCUCCUCUCCAUCUUCCGGCGACGACUUGGCGACUCGCGUGAUAAAGACACCGCCCUCGAGUCAUGUGACUGUGAACUACAAGCCAGCCCUGAUCAGACAGAAUGUCGAUUGAUAUUCAGACUCAACUGUAAACAAGGGGUGGUCAAGACAUAUCGGCUCUUCUACGAAAGCGGAGAGAUCUUGCAUGCCUUUUUUGACAAGGCUGGCUCAACCAACCACUGGACUGUCUCCUCAAGAACACUGCGAGACGUUGUCGAGUAUUUCGGUCCCAAGACUGAUCAACUCGACUGGUAUUACGAAAAUGGCAAGGUCACCUUUACUAGCUACACGGAGAAGAUCCAGAGCGGUAGACAAGUUCUCAAACAACAGAUGCACACGUCGGUGGCUCUCGAGCAUAAAGACUUUGAUGGGUUUAACGUUCAACCAGGUCUACACAUUGGCACUAUGGUCAAAGACUUCCGAGCCAUCGUCGCUCACGCAGAAGCCAUGCGAGUUCAGGUCACAGCAAGAUAUUCCAGGGGCAACCGGCCAAUGCAGAUCAGCUAUGAGAGUAAUGGACUCUUGGCAGAAUUCACACUGAUGACAAGAGGUUCCAGCAAUGUACCAACAGCCUCAAAUGCAAGCACUCCUGCAAGAGAGAUUUCCAUGCGACCCGCAUCUCGACCACCAGAGGGCUCCACGACACCUGCACCUGCUGCGCCGACCACAACAAGAUCAGGUUCGGGAGAUAUGCCACCUCCGGCAGUACGAAACACAUUCCGAGACGCCACUCCGUCUUUAGCCAAGCAAGAUCAAGCGAACGUAGCUCCCACGCCGUCCGCCACUAUCAACCCUGAUAGUCUCUUCAUUCCAGCCGAUGACGACGACCAGCAAUGGGAUGCACCGAAUUUUGAAGACGAGCCUGACAUCGUCACAUGGGAUAAUACCGCUCAGGAUACAGGAACUUCCAGCUCUAUCCGAAGAAUUCGAGACUCAGAGUUGCAUUCAUUCGCAUCGAUACAGGAACAACAAGUCAGGGCUUCGCGGUCCUUUCCUCACGAGAUUGCCCCAACACAGCGCCUGUCGCAAGUCCGUGGCAUAUUUGAUUGA